AUGGGGAUGAAUGGCGUGACGUCGGUGAUGGUGUCGCUGAAGGAGAGAGAGGAGGGAAUAGUCAGGGUGGUGGUGGAGGAGGUGGACGGAUUGGUUUGGGUGCCGGCGGCGGGCUGGGAUGGGUUGCCGGGGCCAGUCAUGGCAGAUUGCUCAAAUCGACUCAAGCUCGUGCAAAAAUCAUCUCUGCCGGCGCCGGCUUGUCCCCAGGAUGAUUACUUGAUUGUGCGGUGCACCAUCAUAGUCAUGAAGGAACUGCCGGAUGCGGCAACCACGGUGCCCGUGCCGACCUCCAACUUGCACCAGCACCUUGGUGAGCUGCUGCGGGGCGGGACCGGAGGCGACGUCACGUUAUUCGUCCGUGGUGAGUCCUUCCUUGCUCACAAGCUCAUUCUCGCCGCAAGGUCCCCUGUCCUGAUGGCCGAGUUCUUCGGGCACAUGAGGGAGGCAAGCUCUCAACACGUCGUGGUCGAGGACAUGGAGCCGGCAGCAUUCAAGGCCAUGUUGCACUUCAUCUACACCGACACCGUGCCUGAACUUGAUCAAGAGCUGGAAGCCGCGGCGCCGAUGGCCCAGCAUCUUCUUGCGGCUGCUGACAGGUAUGGGCUGGACAGGCUCAAAGUCCUCUGUGAGGGCAAGCUCUCCGGUGGCAUCACGGUCGACACGGCGGCGACAACUCUGGCGUUGGCUGAGCAGCACAACUGCUCGCACCUCAAGGCCAAGUGUCUUGAGUUCAUCAUCAGUACUCCUGCAAUCUUUGAUGCUGUGGUGGCGACGGAGGGGUAUAGGCAUCUGGAGGCAAGUUGCCCUUCAGCGCUUACUAGCAUUCUCCUCUCUGUGCGCGGGAGAAG